UUUUUUAAUAUUGUUAUAAAUUAUUGUAUUGUAUUUGUGAUGUAUAUUAAUGUUAUGUCUUAUGAAUUAUGAUUUUAUGUUGUAACAAUUUGUUAUUAAUUAAUAAUUGUAUAGUUUGUUAUUGAAUCAAAAAAGCGUUUAAAUUUCAAAAUAUCCAGACUCUACCGAGCAGUGCUGCAUUACGUAGAAUGAGGUUACAUACAAUGUAAUCGUGUAACUGUUUGGCUCAAUCACAUCAAACGAUAUUAUAUCCCAUCUACCUGCUAGCCACUAGGUAUCUACAUCAUUGAAUAAAAUGGAGAUCUGUGUCGAUAGUGUAGAAUCUGCUAUUAAUGCGGUUAAUGGAGGAGCUCAUCGAUUAGAGUUAUGCAGUGCAUUAAGUGAAGGAGGAUUAACGCCAUCGCUGGGACUUUUAAAAACCUUAAAAACCAUUGUUUCGAUUCCUAUUUUUGUUAUGCUUAGACCAAGGAGUGGUUAUGAUUUCCAAUUUUCAGAUUUAGAAAUUAAAGUUAUUCUUGAAGAUUGUGCUUUAUUCAAAGAUGCUGGAGCUGAUGGAUUUGUAUUUGGUGCUCUUACUUCAAUUGGCGAUAUUGAUAUUGCUGCAUGUGCUUCAGUAAUUUUAACAGCUCAACCAUUACCUGUUACAUUCCAUCGUGCAUUUGACGUAGCUACACAAAACCCAAUAAAAAUGGCACAAAAAAUAGCUGAUUUGGGUUUUAAACGCUUACUAACUAGUGGUAGAAGUCAUGUAGCAUUUGAUGGAAAAUGUUUAAUUAAAAUUUUAAUUGAAACAAUGAAAGAUCGUCUUAUUAUAAUUCCUGGAGCUGGUAUUCAAGUUGAUAAUCUAAAAGAUAUCUUGGUCACUACGUUAGCACAUGAAUUUCAUGGAUCAGCAAAGGUCUUGAAACAAUAUUCAAAUAUAAAUAAUAUAAAAUUGCAUUCAAUUUUUAAAGAAGACCCCAUUUAUAUUACGGACUGUGAUACUGUAAAAGAAUUACUUAAUAUUUAUAAAAAUAAUUUAAAACUAGAAUGAUAAAAAUAAGAUAUAAUUACAAAAUGUACCACAAAUAUUUUUUUAUUUAAUUCAUAUAUUACAUAUUAUUUAAGUACCUACUUUAUGGUAUAUUAAAUUUAAAUAUUUUUUAAUAAUGUUGUUACAUUUCAUAUUUGUACUUAUUACAAGACAAUAAUUAUGCUCAAUUAAAAACAUAAUUUUAUAUAUAUA